ACCUUGAUAUUUUGCUUUUCCCCAGGCUCCCUCAACCCUCCAACAUGUCCAGCAAGAAGACCAAGGCUAAGACCACCAAGAAGCGUCCUCAGAGGGCGACUUCCAAUGUGUUCGCCAUGUUUGACCAGUCCCAGAUUCAGGAGUUUAAGGAGGCUUUCAACAUGAUUGACCAAAACAGGGAUGGCUUCAUUGAUAAGGAAGAUCUGCAUGACAUGUUGGCCUCCAUGGGUAAGAACCCCUCUGACGAAUACUUAGAAGGCAUGAUGAGUGAAGCUCCCGGCCCUAUUAAUUUCACCAUGUUCCUGACUAUGUUUGGAGAGAAACUUAACGGCACUGACCCUGAGGAUGUGAUCAGGAACGCAUUUGCCUGUUUUGAUGAAGAAGGCACAGGUUUCAUCAAUGAGGACCAUUUACGUGAGCUCCUAACCACAAUGGGAGACCGUUUUACAGACGAGGAGGUGGAUGAGAUGUACAGAGAAGCACCAAUUGACAAGAAGGGCAACUUCAAUUAUGUAGAAUUCACCCGCAUCUUAAAACAUGGAGCCAAGGAUAAGGAUGACUAAAUGAUCAGCGAACCACGGUGUAUGGAUUGUAAAAUAUCAUCAUAGCAGCUAUAUGUUAAUUCCCCAUAAAACAGAUGUGGACAGUUGGCAAAAAAAUAAUCAAUUGUUUGAUUAGCAUUAGAGUCCAGGGUUGUCACAGUGAAGGGUCAGGGUAGGUGUUCCCAGCUGCCUCCGCAGCCCUUCUGUCAGAAAAGAAGGUACAAAAUGUGACUGAUAAGAUCAUUGCCAACCGCUGUCACUUUUGCUGCUCACUUGGAAAAUUAAUCUUAAUAUAUAACAUAAAUAAAUGGAUUUAUUAA